CUUCCAUUCGACAAAACCUAUUUACCGGUGUUUCUACCAAUUGCAGGUCGGUUUGUGGUAAGAGCGGCUGUCAGCCAGGAAACGCCAUCGAAUUCCUUAGCAGCAGCGACCUAGGUAUCCGCUGCUCGUCCGCCCUCUACCAACUCCGAGCGACAGCCCCAAGCGAAGAUGCCCCCGAAGAAGAAAGGAGGCGGUCCGUCCAAGAAGUCCAUCGAGAAACAGAAGGAGAAGAUCGUGGAGGACAAGACUUUCGGUCUCAAAAACAAGAAGAAGAGCAAGAAUGUGCAAAAAUACAUCCAGGAGGUGACUAAGCAGGUCAAGGGCGGCAACACGCGUGCCGAUCGCAUUAAAGAGCAAGAAGCCAAGAGGAAGAAGGAUGCCAAGGCGGAGCAGGAAAACCUCAAAAGUCUCUUUGCUGCCGCCAUUACGCAGCCCAAGGUUCCACCCGGAACGGACCCCAAGUCGGUGCUCUGUGCCUUCUUCAAGGCCGGCGUGUGCACGAAGGGAAACCGCUGCAAGUUCUCACAUGACUUGAUGGUGGGCAAGAAGGCCGCUAAGAUCGACCUGUACACGGAUGCUCGUGCGGAGAAAGAAGCAGAUAAAAUGGACACAUGGGAUCAGGAGAAACUGGAGAAAGUGGUCAACGAGAAACACCACGAGAAGAACACAAAACAGACGGAAAUUGUGUGCAAACACUUCUUGGAUGCUAUCGAGAAGUCGCUGUACGGCUGGUUCUGGGUGUGCCCGAACGGAGGCGCGUCUUGCAAAUACCGUCACGCGCUUCCUCCUGGCUACGUAUUCAAGUCCAAAAAGGAUCGCGAACUUGAAAAGGGCAACAAGGUCGUGGAGAUCUCCAUCGAAGAAAUUAUUGAGCAGCAGCGCGCCAAGUUGGGCCCCAACGGCGGUACUCCUGUCACGGAAGAGACGCUUGCGAAGUGGAAGGCCGACAAGUUGGCUCGCAAGAAGGCUGAGGAGGCCAAGAAGCUGAAGGAACAGGCGAAGAGGACCGGUGGUCGUGGCAUCAUGAGUGGUCGCGCGCUGUUCACAUACGAUCCGUCGUUGUUCCGUGAUGACGCUGAUGCUGAUGACGAGGCUUACUCAGUCCACAGCGAGGAUGAGGACGAUGAUGAGGAGAAGGCUUCACCAGCCGUUGACGCGGCAGCAGCAGUCAUGGACAAGAGUCUGUAUCUGCAAGACGUGGACGACCUCGACUCAUUGAAGAAGUGAGCUCUGACUUGAAUCACCUUGAGGCGACACGGAAGAAUUAUGCGGUAUUCCUGUGCAAAGCGCUCGCUUUGGCCUCAUUAGCUCGGAUAUUCUAGCGUCGUGUCGAGGAUACCCCUGCAAGGCACCUGGAUAGAUGUGUGGUUUGCAACUCUUUUGUCCUAUAGCGGGCUGAGAAGAAGCGUAGAGAAUCGUGCCGGAAAGCAUGUAGACUGACGGGAAAUAUACGUCUGAGUUCCGAGGACGUUUCCAAGCAGCUCCAUCGUACGGUCCUUCUUCGCUAGCUAGUGCAUUGUCUCUUCUUCGUUGUCGUUGCCCUCGUCUUCGAGGCGUUCCCCUUGGCUCGUGUCUCCAAAGGUAAGGAUCGUUGAGCUGGCGUUCUUCAAACGUCCGACGAUGCGUUCAGCUCGCUACAAAAUGCAUUUGAGCACAACGAUAAUGUGUUAAGAGUACAGUAGCACACACUCUGUGGUACAGUAA